AUGGCCAGCAGGAAAACAAUGGCGCAAGACGUCAUCCUGUGUCACCUCUGUGACAGGAGAGCCGCUCAGCUUCACUGCCUCCAUAAAGGUCAUGAUGUUGUUGAUUUUUCUGAAAUCAUUGAUACAGCAAAACACGAAAUACAAGAAAACACUGCUAGUCUUGAAGAUAUCCUUCCUCAGUUUGAAGAAGCAGAAAGCCAUAUCGAGUCCAAAAUAGCAGAUUCAUUUUCAAGAUGUGAUGAAAUGCAAACAUUAGCUGUAGAACACGGGAAGAAAUGGCAUCAGGUUAUUGAUGAUAUUGUUCAGAAAAACAAAGAUCUCAUUUCUGAAAUGAAAGAAUCUGGCAGCAGAGAUUUGAGAAAGUGUCAAACAGAAAUCAUGGAUACAAUCCAAGUCUUAAUGCAAGCAGUUCAAAAGAAUAAAAAGGUCAUUCAAUCUGUUGAUGCAAAUGAAAUAAGUCAAUACGAAUUACCAUCACAAAAUUUAUACAGAGAUAUUUUAUUGAAUGUUGAAUUUAGACUUCCAAUAUUUGUCCCCAAACCACCAGAUUCAAUUCAACUACAUAAACUUUUCGGAGAACUGAUUGGUCCUGUGAUUUUACCUCAGACCAGCGAAAGAAAGGCACUAAUCUCAAAAACACGAAAUUUAUUAGAUAAAGCUAUUGAAAUUAGAACAUUUACAACUGAGAACAACUUGAGGAAAUUUGCAUGCCUUGGAACUGAAGAGGUUUGGAUUUCAUACAAUGAAAAGUCAAUCAUCCACAGAGUCAACACAAAGGGUGAUAUACAGGAGACUGUUAUAUCCAGUUGUCUGGAAUGGAAUGGUCACCCUAGCGACAUUUCGAUUUCAAGAAAUGGAGAGCUGAUGUACACAGAUAGAAUGAAUAGAUCAAUUAAUAUUGUCAGGGAGGGGAAAUCUUCUAACUUUAUCUCGGUUGAAAAGGAAUGGGAGCCACUAGGGUUGUGCUGUACGAAAUCAGGUGAAUUGCUUGUCGGCAUGGGUACCAGUGACGACAAAAGAUACAAGAUAGUACGCUAUGGAGGACGACAAGUAAACCAAGAAAUAGAGAAAGAUGACCAUGGGGAUUGUUUGUUUGGUGAGGGAAACAAAAUGUUCUAUGUGACGGAGAAUGUCAAUGGGGAUAUCUGUGUUUCUGAUGUCAACGCCAGGGCCGUUGUUGUGAUUAACCAAUCAGGAAAGCUUCGAUACCGAUAUAAAGGAAUACAUGCAACGGAGAAAAGUUUUAUUCCAUCAAAUAUUGCUACGGACUGUAAUGGUCGUAUCCUGGUGGGGGGUCAAGGGAAUAAAUGUAUCCAUGUCAUUGAUCAGGACGGACAGUUUCUCCGUAGCAUAAGUAGUUAUGAUUCAUGUACGUUAAGUAUUGACGAUCUCGGACGAUUAUGGGUGGGAAAGUUUGGAGGAAGUGAAGUGAAAGUUAUCAGAUAUACCGAACAAUAA